AUGGACUACUCCCGCAUUAUCCUCGCUCUCGCUGUCUACAUCGCAAUCCGCCUUAUCUACAACCGCUUCUUCUCCAGCCCCGCCGCAACCAUGCACGGCAAAGUAAUUGCUGUGGAUAAUCCGGUCAUCUACAAGGCCCUUACCUCUUCCGGCCCCGUCGUCGUCGAUUUCUUCGCCACCUGGUGUGGUCCGUGUAAAGCGAUUGCACCUGUUGUUGGCAAGCUAAGCGAGACGUACCCCAAUGUGCGAUUCAUCCAGGUCGAUGUCGACAAGGUGCGCUCUGUGGCGCAGGAGAUGAAUAUCCGGGCGAUGCCGACGUUUGUGCUGUAUAAGGAUGGGCAGCCUCUGGAGAAGAGGGUUGUUGGUGGGAAUGUGAGGGAGUUGGAAGAGAUGAUCAAGAGUAUUUCUGCUUAG